AUGUAUUCCCCACGGCAGAAGAUUUUAUGGUUUGCAUUUAGUACUCGGAUUCUACUGAUUUUCUUACAAGCAAUAUCAAAUCUUAUCAUACCAGACCAUAACGCUAAUGUAUUUAUUAGCCCUGAAGACCCAAACUUGCGUAAAUCGAAUGCGGAUGUCAUCGUCGAUAAGUUAUUAGGGGGCAUGAAAAGAUGGGAUGCCCAAUACUUUAUACAUAUUGCACAGUUUGGAUACACUUAUGAAAAUUGUCUAGCAUUCUUUCCUUUAUUUCCAUUACUUGUAAGAUAUUUUGCAUACGGACUGAAUAGUGUAUUUGGUACAGUGCUAAAUUUUCAUAGCAAUUUGUUAAUUUCUGCAACAAUUUUAAAUAUUAUUUUUUUUAUUAAAUCGGCAGAUGUGUUACACAGACUGAGUUUAAGAAUUUUACGUAGUGAAUGCAGAGCAUAUAAAUCUGUUGUAUUGUACUGUGUUAAUCCUGCAAGUAUUUUCUUCUCUGCACCAUAUUCAGAAUCACUGUUUGCAUGGAUGUCGUUUUAUACAAUGUUCAAGUGUACAGAAAGUGAGACUCUGAGAUUUGCUAACAUUGACAUAAUGAGUGGUCUACCAGCCGGGUUUUCCAUGAUCACUCGGUCAAAUGGUUCUGUCAAUUUAGGAUUCAUAUUCUAUGCAACUUUUAAAAAUGUUAUAGAGAGAACUAUACCUGAAAUUAUUUACAAAUAUAGGACAUUAAAACAUAAGAUAAUAUUGCCAUUCCUAUUGUUGCCACUGUUCACGACACUUGUAUCAGUUUUUUUGACUGUGACUAUAGCACUGUUGCCAUUUCUUUUGGUACAAACAUAUAAUUAUUUGAAGUAUUGUGUACACAAUGAUCACAAUUUACCAGAAUUUUUGUCUAACACUGAGUAUGUGUUACCUGGUAGUGCAGAGAGUCCUGGUGUAACAGUAGUUUACCAUUGUCAUAUUCCUAUAUACAAAGUCAUUACUGGGAUGUUGGUUUCUUCAAAUAUUAUAAAUUGA